GUAACUUGGAGGUUAGAUAAGAUCCAGCUCACGCGGUGUGUCAAAGUAUUCACUCAGUUAGGCGCUUUGACAGGCAUGAGCAUUCUGGCAUAAAAACAUGGCUGUACGUCUCUUUGAGGAGAAAGAUCAUGCAUCUGCUUACCUGCAGUACAGAGUAGCCCCCCAAGAAUUAAUCAGCAGGAUUAUGAACUACAUGGAGAAAAAGACACCGACACAACUCAGCCUUGCGGUGGAUGUGGGUUGUGGUUCAGGGCAAGGGACGAUCCUAUUGGCUCCGUAUUUCACCAAGGUUGUUGGAACGGACAUCAGCCCCGCCCAGCUGGAGGUGGCAAUGGCCAAUAGGAAACCUCUGAAUGUAUCAUACAGGCAGUGUCCGGCAGAAGAGUUACCGUUUGCUUCCGGUGAAGUGGACCUUGUGACGGCUAUGACAGCGGCCCACUGGUUCGACCACCAGAAGUUCCUCCUGGAAGCCGACAGGGUGCUGAGGCCUGGAGGCUGCCUGGCUCUCCUGAGCUACACCAUGGAUAUGGAGCUGGAGUAUGGGGACGUCUCCAACACGCUCAAUGACAUCUGUAAAGAGUUUUACGCUGCCCUGCUUCCUUUCCGAAAUCCUUACAUAGGAUCGAGCUCUGUGAAGAUCUACGCAGGCAUGUUUGACUCCUGCCCAUAUCCAGAAAAAGAGUGGAAUGAGUGUCUCCAGGUAAAAAGGAUUGUGCCACUGACUGCGUACAUCGGCAUGGUAGAGACCUUCUCCAGCUACCAGAAACUGCAACAAGUGGACCCCGCUGAGGCUGAACGUCUUUCUAAUGACAUCAGGAAGAAGUUGCUGUCUGCCAUGAAGGCGUCUUCUCCUGACACAGAAGUUACGUUGGUAGUGAAGUAUUUCUAUUGGCUGGCAUGCAAACCUUGAUCAUUCUGUCUGGAUCCUGUACACCACUUUUUUGGCUUGAGGCCAAAACCAACCAAUGUCUAAUUUGGCCAGUUGUGACCAGCUCAUCCAUAAAUAAAUACCUUGUGUUCUUAGCACCCAAAAAGCUAAAAUGACUAAACAAAAAGUCUAAAUAAACCACAGUUUUUUUGUUGUGGAAAUGCAGAUUUAUCUUGAGAAAGCAAUCCCCAGGUUGGAAGACAAAUAUAUUAUAUUGGGAAUCACUUGAAAUGCAAAGUUGGAUCUAUAUAGCCUGAUUUUAAAACAAACGUGUUAUCUUUGUUAUGUUUUUUAUAAAAAUAUAUUUUAAUUUUCUACUAAAAUGGAUACUGAUUUGUAACAACCUGCAGUUAAAUCAGAUUCAGGCUUAUGGAUGUUGACCUCUGGAAUGAACACUAGAUGGAGCCCUCUCAUACAGUGAGGAUGAGUGUCGAGUUGAAGUCCACUUGAGCCUUAUUUACAGUCUUAAAAUAGUACUGAAAUGAACUCUAACUACAGUGAGAGAAAUCCACUUUCUUCCAGAAUGUCCCUACCUUGAAGUGCACUGCACUGAAAACAAGCCAUUAGUCUCUCACAAGAAGAUGGAUAUACACAGAUAUUUGAUUUAAAAAAGUUGGAUUAUUAUACUGUAGAUGCUUUGAAUAUGAACAAAUCAUCACUAUGUUCAUGGAAAUUUAAUCCAGGCACCAUUUGGUUUUCUCCAAAAUGUAUGCAACUAUGUAAAUGAGAUGGGAAUAAACUCAGCAUUGUGAUUUCUUCA